ACGCAGAACACAACACGAGGAGAAACCGGCUGAACUCGCGAACGAAUAAAAAAGAAAUCCUAGACAUGUAAACAAUUAUACAAUGCAAGUUUUACUUCCGAACUGGCUAUUUGUUUCAGUUACAUUGCUUGUGAAGAUUAUUGAAUUGUUAGAACCCGUGCUAGCAGACGCAUAAUCUUGAUAGUGGCAUUUCGGUAUCUGCUCUGUGCACUCAUCUGUUCUCGGUUUUGGAAUGGGAUUGCAGACUGACGUUUUGAACAGCACAGUGACUCAAACGAACAAAUCCAGAUCCUCCCUCUCUGAAUGACUCAGGCAGCUAUGUAUGUGUUUGGGCCCCAUGGUUGACUGCCAGGUUUGGGCCCCAUGGUUGGCUGCUAGAUCCCUCUCCUUUCUUUCCUAACACCAGCCAUCUCCAGACCCAGUACCAGCCCCAAGCCCCUCUCCCAACCCUGUUCUUCCAGUCCCACCCUCUAUCCCCCAGACCCCUACCCCUCUCCCCUGGCCCAGCCCCACAUCCAGCCCCAGUACCAUGCUGGGGAGGAACAUGUCCCAGAAGCUGAGCGUGCUGCUGAUCAUCAUGGGGCUGGCGUGGGGGUUCAUGUUUCUGCUCUACACCGGGCAGCAGCCACACCACCAGAGCAGUGGCGAGCUGCAUCAACAGAUCCUGGAGCUGAGCCGGCGCUAUGUCAAGGUGCUCACCGAGGAGAACCAGAACGCACCGGGAGGACCACAGGGCACCUCCAUGGCUGGUUACGCUGAUCUGAAGAGGACCAUAGCGGUGUUGUUGGACGACAUCCUGACGCGCCUGGUCAAGCUGGAGGGGAAGAUUGAGCUGGUGGCCAACACUUCAGUGACUAACUCCUCCCAUCUUGCAGUGGGUGCCCUGGCCUCAGCUCCAGUUGCCUUACACAAAGCCACCAAGCAGGACACGCCAGGCAACCACCGCCUGGAAACCGCUCGCAUCCCUCCACACACACCCAACAGACCUCGGCCAGGGGUAUAGUAGGUUGGGUAGCGAUUGAGGCCCUGUUCAAGUACUUUACAAGUGCAUCCUUUCUUCCUAAGAUGGUCACUGAUCUAAUAAGGUUGGUAGGGUGGUAACUCUCAUUUCACUUGUCUAUUAAUUUACAGAUCAGUGAUUAUCUCAAGGGAGCAAGGAAAGAUAUAGAUAUAUAUAUUCCAAAUUAUUUAAACCUAACCCUGAGAAAGGACUGACUGCCUGUUCAUUUCCAAUAACUAUAUGGCUGAUUUCAUUUUUUUUGCGAAGACAUUUUAGCACCUUUUUUAAUACUUUUAGUCAUGGACUCUCUUAGGCUUGAAUUUUAGCUUCCCUUUUUUAAUGGUUUCAUCAUGGAUGGGUCUACAAACUGCGGAUGUCUUUGACGAUGUCUGUGGGCAACAACAUAGCAUCAACAAUAGUAGAGGAAAUAGACAAAUGUAUAUACUCUGUAGUGUCUUCAAGGAAGCUGAUGAUGCUGAAUGUGAAUGACACUCCCACCCGGAUAUGACUUAACUCGGACAUACUGCCUGCGAAUUUGCAAUACUGCUUCUAAUCCCAUCCAUAUCAGAAUGCUGAACUAAAAAAUGUUCUCAUGGUAGUUUGGGAAAUAUUUUGUAGUUUGCAGCAGUUCCUGGUGUGUGUGUGGGAGAAAUCAAAUAAAACAGUUAAAUAAUAAUAAUUUAGCCGUUGUACCGUAGACUUUAAAAGGAUAAAGUGAUGAUCCAAAUAAUGUUAUUUGCACUCUCCUUGAAAGCUUGAUUUUAGAGUAUGUGUAUAACAUGUCGAAUGUAACUCAAUAAGCGGAUAAUGACCAAGUGAUUGCUAUUGCCCAAUUCCAACUCCAACUCCCUUCUUUGUCACUACCCAGACUGUUAAUCUUUGUCUUUGUCCUCUGAGGGAGUUGCUUGCCUAUUGCUUACACAUAUCAGUUCCUUUAGUCUGAGAUCACAUUACACAGUGACUGUUUGGGGAAGCCCUAAAAGAUAGUGGGCUAGCCCAAUCUUUGUGUUUUUUUACUUAUGGGAGUGCCUUUCUAUGGCACACGCUUACUUACCCCUUUAAUACAAGAACAUGGGCUGCAACUAGACUCUCCACUGUUUCAGAAGCGUGCACUUGAACACUCCCUGUCAUGGAUUUAAAAGCAUUGGAUUGGUUUAAGCAAAACCCAAGAUCAGCAUUCAGGGGCAACUUCACACAGCACCCUUGUUUGACAAGACAAUGGCAAGUUGGCCAAAGCAGAAACCGACUGGAACCCAGGAGGAUACAUGAGAUCUCAAAUUAUAUUUUUAAUAGAUGGUUUUGUAGUUUUAACAAAAUUGGCAUGUGCACAAUAGUUUACAAUGUUUAUUAAAUGCAUAAAUAAAGUUGAA